AGGUAUUAACUUCUACGCUUCUCUUUCUGCAAUUACUCUUUAAGAGCAUCUCUUUCUAGGAUAUUGAGUAUUGCUAACUUGAGCGUUGGAGUGUUUUCCCCGAGCAAACAUCCUCGGGAAUUUUAGGUGUGGAAGCAGCUGAAAAUAUCAACAGUGUUGGAUCACGAAGCUACCCAAACAUUUGGCGCCGUCUGUGGGAAACCGAACAAAAAGCAUUGUGACUUAACCAGCACAAGCUGAAAAUGGUGCGCACCUUCACAAGAAACCACCCCCCAAGAGGGGAUGUGGACGAUCAGGAUAACACUCAGGUGUUGGAAAGUGAUCUCAAUGACUUCCAAACGCUUCUGAGAAACCUCUUCGUUGGCGGUGCAGAACAAGAACAGUCGAACACUUCAGAUGAUGAUGAAAGAACACCUAUAGGGUAUGCAACCCAACUUGAAGAACAGUUUCACAUCUCAUCUGAAGCUAGACGAAGGCAUUCCAGGCAUAAUACUACACAACCUGUGGAGAGACCUGUAGAAUCUGCUCGAACGGGCGAGCAACCGGCUGCAGUAGUUGCAACCCGUAACUCCCCGGCCCUAAGCAAUGUAGUGGUCCCAACCAAACCAAGAGGAAGUGGGAAGUUGAACCUAGAGCCUAGCUCGUCCAGGCAUAAUGAAGCGUUACUAAAGAAGAAUGUCGACGUUGAGAGACAACUCAAAGACGGGUAUGACCAACCUCAGGGGCAGAGGUAUCAGCUCGGCAGCAGCCAGGAUGUGUAUCAAGAUAACCAAUAUCCUUUCGAGCAGGGUAGAGAGUACAGGGGACGUCAGUUCAAUAGGCGAGGCCAAGGACAGAGAAGUACCACUCAGAACCAAAAAGAUAGGAAAGGGGUAGGCUAUGCUGGGAUACCCCCACCCUCUGGCACAAUAAACAUGAUCUCGGGUGGUAUACACUCAGGAGGCCAAAGCGCUUGGGGCCGCAAGGUAUAUGCCCGUCAGGUGAUGACCAUUAAUAAGAACAGGCCUUUGAAGUGGCCAUUCAAGGAGGCGGAAUGGGAGAAUCCACCCAUUACAUUUAGCUCGAUAGAUUAUAAGCGAGCAGAAGGAAAGCCCAACGUUAUGAUACCUCAUGCAGAUCCUUUUGUGGCAACGGUCCAUAUAGGCAAUCAUAACGUCAACAAGGUCUUUAUUGAUACUGGUAGUUCACCAGAUAUCCUGUAUUGGAGCUGCUUUCAAAAGAUGCAGCUGAAUUGGAGCUCGCUGCAGAAGUAUGAAGAUAUGGGAAGAGCCACCCUAUGCGAGCUGAAGGCUGUCAUCUCACAACCUCAUCUCUGUAUGAAGUUCCCAACUCCUCAAGGGGUAGGAGUGCUUAAGGGGAACCAGAAGAUGGCCAGAGCCUACUAUCAAGAUACAUUCAAGAAGGUUGAGCUCACUGCAGCCCCGGUCAAUCAAGAUGUGUUUGCGUGGACGACGGAUGAAAUGCUUGGCAUUCCAACAGAGUUGGCAGUCCACAAGCUCAGCACGGACCCCACCAGAAGGCCGGUGGUUCAUAAACGUCACCUUUUUGGUCUUGAGAAGUUCAUAGCCAGGUCAGCAAAAAGAUACCUCCCAUUCUUUAAAGCCUUGAGAGAGCCCAAGAACUUUCAGUGGACCGACGAAUGUCAGCAAGCAUUGGACGAGCUCAAGCAAUAUUUGGUGUCAGCACCCCUGCUUUUAAAGCCUGUGGAGGGGGAAAGUUUAUACCUAUAUCUGUGGGUUACAGAGGAGGCCUUGAGCUCCGUUUUACUCAAAGAACAUGAUAAACAUCAGAAGCCCAUCUGCUACAUGAGCAAGGUUUUACAGGGCGCGGAGCAAAACUACCCACUAGCAGAAAAAGCUGCUUUUGCCCUUGUCUACACGGCUCGCAAAUUGAGAGCUUACUUUCAGUUACACAAAAUUGUUAUCUAUACCGAUCUACCGUUGAGGAAAAUACUACAGAACCCGAACUCUCUGGGCAGGCUGUGGCAUACUUCGGUAGACUUCCUAGUGGAGUGCCUCUCGACGAAUGUGGAAGAAAAGGCACCUAUAUACCCAGCCUGGGUUUUAUAUGUAGAUGGAGCUGCUAAUAUUGAAGGAUCGGGUGCUGGAGCAGUGCUAAUCGAUAAGAUACCCAGAGCAGAUAACAAGCGAGCUGACGAGCUAUCAAAAUUAGCUUCCUCGCAAGGUAUCAAUCCUCAAAGAUCAACAAUUGUGGAGGUACUUGAUGCACCAAGCUACACAGACUUCACAAUUGAGUGUCAAUUGCUAAGCACAAAUCCCUCUUCGCCGAGCUGGACUACCCCCCUCGUUGAGUAUUUGCGAAGUGGCGAGCUACCUAAAGACCCAUCCACCUCAAAGGAAGUUCAUGAAGGAGUAUGUGGCACACAUAUAGGUGGUAAAACAUUGGCUCGAAAACUCCUGAGACAUGGGUAUUAUUGGCCUACUAUGAUUGAGAACGCACAGAGUUAUGUCAAAAAGUGCCCGACCUACCAGUUCAAUGCUGAUGACAUUCACAUGCCAAGAGAAAUGCUAUCAUCACUCUUAUCACCCUGGCCUUUUGCUCAAUGGGGAGUCAAUCUACUCAGCCCUUUUGUUAAAGGCAAAGGAGGUUGCACAUAUCUAGUUGUUGCGGUGAAUUACUUCACCAAAUGGAUAGAAGCCAAACCAUUAUCCACGACAACAGAGAAAAAAAUAGAGGAAUUCCUAUUUAACUCAAUAUUAUGCAGGUUCAACAUACCUAAACGGGUCAUCACUGACAAUGGUCCACAAUUCCGAGCCGCAGCACUCAGGUCAUUCUGCAACGAUUAUGGCAUUGAGUUCACCUUGGCGUCUGUAUAUACUCCACAAUCAAAUGAGCAAGCCGAGUCCGCCAAUAAAAUCGUCUUCUUGGCUAUAGGCGAAACCCCAUUCAGCCUCGCCUAUGGAGCUGAGGCCGUCAUCCUUGUAGAGGUCGGACUGCCAUCCGAUAGAUCAAAUCGAUACAAUGAUCCUAGUAAUGAGCAGCUUUUAAGAGAGAACCUAGACCUUGUAGAAGAGGUUAGGGAGAUGUCUCGAAUAAAAAACAUGGCACAUCAAAGUUGUGUUGUUAGAUUUUAUAAUAAGAGAGUCCGAGCUCGUCAAUUUCAAGUUGGCGAUCUGGUUUUACGCAAGGCUGGGCUCACUAACGCUUACUCACAUAUGGGAAAACUCGCUCCGAACUAGGAAGGUCCUUAUAUGGUUAUUCGUGUUAAACGACCUGGGUCUUACCAGUUAGCAGAUCUACAAGGUCGUCAAUUACCAUUCAUAUAGAACAUACAUAACCUUAGAAAGUUUUACAGUUAAUAUGUAUGUUAUUAUCUUAUCAAUAAACUGCACAUGACGAUGUAAAGAAUGUAUACAACAAUAAAUACAGAAAUUUCAA